AUGUUGUCUUGGUUCUUAGCUCAGUUCGGCCUCAACCAGGAAACGACCCCGCCAGUGAAGCGGCAGCCCCAUAUCUGCGUUGCCUGGCAUGUCCCUGACGACAGAUUCGACGAAUUCUUCGCCUUCUUCGCAGCAGACACGCGUCUGGUAGGACACCACUACCUUGGCAUGGGCGAAGACGCUGUUCACAUCGUCUCGGGAUCUUACCACCUUGCGUACGGCGAACUCGACAGCUUCGUCGAAGAGAUUCGCGGUUCUUCCUUCUACCGAAUGUAUACAUCAUUUGUAGGUCAUCUGGAUCUGGCUCAUCUAGAAGAGACUAAUGGCGCUAGGAUCGACGACAUGAGGAAGGCUUUCUCCUCCCGCCAGAAAAUUGAACCCCACGGCAAUGUCCUCGUCGUCUGGCGCAUCCCUCGCGCUGACUUGGAGAACCGCCUCAUCGCCUUCAAGAGCGAUCCUCGCUACCUGCGACAUCGUUGCUUCGACAUGGGCGAAGCUCCCGCCUCUGUUGUAUCGGCUCGCUAUCAAGUCGACGACCUGGACCGUUUCAUCAAAGAGAUUACAGUCGAUCGGUGCUUUGGCAUGCACACCAUGAUCCGGUACCACAAGCUUCAGCCUUGUGAAAAGGUGGGCCCAGGCCCUAGUCAGACCUGGGAGGGUUUCUUCAACCUUCCCGACAAUCAGAGAAUCCCUUCGCAGCACGUGUACAAUGUCGGCAGACGCAUCCCAACUGACGAAUUCGAGGAGACUUACGCCCGUCAUUCGAUCGACCCGCGACUCCAGCGAUUCCAAUACAUGGGGAUUCUUCCAGACCACUCGGCUCAACUCGUCAUGGAGGUUUACAACGUUGAAGACAAAGACAAGUUCAGAGAAGAAGUCGGCGAUGUUGACCACUUCGCUCCAGCGUUCAGCGUCAGGUACUUCAGACGUUAG